AUUAUACACCGUUUAGAAACUACUCAUAUAGGAGACGAACUUCAUCAUUCUGGAUGGAAUGCUUGCAGCAGUUGCCACGACAAACCAAAAAUGAAGCGAAGUCAUCUAGUUCUACCUUGCCUGAAUAGUGAUAGAAUAUAUAUUAUAGACGUUGAUUCCAACCCGCUAAAACCCAAAAUUCAUAAAAUUAUUGAACCAGAUGAGCUUCAUCAAUACGAUGCAUCCGCACCUCACACCAGUCAUUGCUUACAAUGCAAUGAAAUUAUGAUAUCGUGUAUGGGAGAUGCCGAAGCUAACGCUAAAGGAACAUUUAUAAUUUUGGACAACGAAUUUAACGUAAAAGGAACUUGGCAAAAUCGAGACAACAGUGUUGAAUUUGGUUACGAUUUUUGGUAUCAGCCGAGACAUAAUGUUAUGAUCAGUUCUUCAUGGGGUUCCCCAUCGGCUUUUCGUAAAGGUUUUCAUCUAGAUGAUGUAAAAAAUGGUUUGUAUGGAAAAACAUUAACAGUAUGGAAUUGGAAAAAACGUGAAGCCAUUCAGACUUUAGACCUCGGUUCUGAAGGAUUAAUGCCAUUAGAAAUUCGAUUUUUACAUAAUCCGAAUGCGACUGAAGGUUAUGUGGGUUGCGCUUUAUCUUCUACUGUUUUCAGAUUUUAUCAGAAAGAGAAUAAAGAAUGGGCUGCAGAAAAAGUUAUUACCAUUCCUGCAAAAAAGGUAAAAGGAUGGUCAUUACCAGAGAUGCCAGGACUUAUAACGGAUAUUUUAAUCUCUUUGGACGAUCGAUUUCUGUACCUCAGUUGUUGGCUUCAUGGUGACAUCAGACAAUACAAUAUUACAAAUACAAAACAACCAGUUUUAGUUGGACAAAUAUUUUUGGGUGGUAGCAUUACCAGAAAUGGACCAGUAACUGUAAUCGAAGAUAAAAAAUUAACAGAGCAACCUGAAAAAAUACGUGUAAAAAAUAAGCUAAUUAAUGGUGGACCACAAAUGUUGCAAUUAAGUUUAGACGGCAAAAGAUUAUACGUAACAACUUCGUUGUAUAGUGUUUGGGACAGACAAUUUUAUCCCGACAUAAUCGAAAAUGGAUCAAAAAUGAUGCAAAUUGAUGUUGAUGAUACCUCUGGAGGACUUACUAUGAACUGCAAUUUUCUGAUCGAUUUUGGUGAAGAACCAAAUGGUCCCGCUUUAGCUCACGAAAUGAGAUAUCCUGGUGGAGAUUGUACUUCCGAUAUUUGGAUAUGAGUUGUUUUUCUUUCAUUUUGUUUGUAUGAAUCAAGAUGUAUUUUUAAUUAUUUUUUAUUUGUAAAAUCUAUAAUAAAUUUCAUGUUUAUGAAGAGUCUAAGAUAAAGAAAAGUAAAAGAAGCAAUUAUGCUAAGAACGCACGUUCUACUGAAACGUUUUUUAAUGUUUUCUCACUAAAAUGUAAACUUUCAGGCGUAUUCUUGGGUGGUCUACUUGCUCCAAUUUGAGCUCGAUACUUUCGAGCGCUCUCUGCGCUUGUCUUAGUGAUAAAACGUCAGGUUAUCGUUCUGAAAACCCCAAAUCGAAUCCGAGCUGUCGAAAACUACGAGAAAUUUCAAGGGCGGUUCGUCUUAGAUACAUCAGGGCCCGUCCCUCUC